AUGAGCACCUCUAAUACUUUGCUCGUGUUUAUUUGUUUAUUUUAUUUCUAUAAGCUCAUACGAUUGCUGUAUACGCGUCAGCAGCAGCAGCAGCAGCAGGAGGAGGAGUACUGGGCGGGAUCGUGUGGGAUCGUAUCGGGAUCGUGUGGGAUCGGGAUCGCCUCCGCAAAAGAGACGGGGGGAAACAACACCACCACCAACAACAGCAGCAGCAGCAGCAGCAGCAGCAGCAACGGCGCCGCUAACCCCCAGGACGUGGGGUCUUAUUCAAUUAGAGAUCUGUUCAACGGAGGCGUGCCGGAGGUUUCUUUAGACAAAGAGCGUACAACGAAGCAAGGAAAGAGCUGCAAGAGAAGUCAUAGAGGGCUGCAGCGAGGGCAGCAGCAGCAGCAGCAGCAGCAGCAGGACUCACAGAAGCUGCAGGAGGAGGAGAAGCAGGUGCAGCAACAGCUUUUGCUGCUGCAGCAGCUGCAACAGCAGCUGCAGCAAAAGCUGCAGCAGCAGCAGCAUCAACCGAGUACAGAGGCUUCAGUACAGCAGUUGCUGCAGCUGCAAGACGCUGACGCAGCAGAAGCUACAGCAAGUCAGUCAGGUGGUUCUGCUGGUGCUGCAGCAGCAGCAGAACCACCUGCAGCAGGAGCCUCAGGCGGGACAUCAAAAGCAGCAGCAGCAGCAGCAGCAGCAAAAGUUGCAGAGAGUGGGGGUCUGCGAGGAAAGGGAGAGACAGCGUCAGGGGAUGGAAAGGGUGCAACAGCAGAAUCGAAAGCAGCAGCAGCAGCAGCAGCAGGAGCAGCAGCAGCAGCAGCAGCAGCAGGAUUAGUACCCAAGCCGGGUUUGCUGCGACGUACAGCAUAUAGAAUAAAGAAUUCUCGCCUAUUUGAGGAGCUUAUAUCUUUGCUGCAUUACUUCGCGGGGCCGUUCUCAGGGCGUCCUACGAAGGUGCUGCUGCAGCAGAGCGAUGCAGUAGGUGUGGGGUUAGGUUUGCUGCUGCUGUCUAUGCGUGUGAAGACCCCUGCAGGACGGCUGCUGCUGUCAAAGCAUGUAUUAUCAAAUGCAGACGUCAAAGAGUUUAUAGGUAGAUUUGCGUAUCUGGCUGACCCGUGUCGCAGCACAGACGAUUUGCUGCAGCAGCUGCAGCAGCUGCGAAGUGCAGCAGCAAGAUUAGCAUUAGGAGGAUAUGGUGCACGACAGACAUCAGAGUUCCUUGAGUUGUUAAGUUUCUUCCGGAAAGAAUACUUCAGAGUACUAGGGUUUGCUGCUCUUUGUUUAAAGCAUCUGCCUAGCAGCCUACCUGCGCUUUCUCUGUUCGUUAGCAGGCUGCUUAUACCCUUACAAGAUGCAUUUAGAAGCAUUGCGUCUGUCUCUGCUCGUUUUAAGGGUUUCUCUGCUGCUUUAGCGCAGCAGCAGCUGCUCAGCUGGGUGCGCUACUUAGCAGGGCUUGAUGCUGCGCUGCUGCAGCUGCUGCCGGGGGGUAACCAGACGCUCUCUCGCAUGCAUGCAGCUUCAAGCUUUGAUGCUUCUUUUGAGGAGACAGACAGCAGCUAUGGCAGUCAGGAAGGAGAUUUCGUUAGGCCUGCUCUGAGCAGUCAUCUCAGCAGCUGUAGCAGCAGCAGCAGUAGCAGCAACAGGCAUCUCAGCAGCAGCAGCAGCAGCAUGAGAGCAGCAGCAGCAGGAAGAGGAGGAGCAGGAGCAGCAGCAACAGCAGCACCUGCAGCUGUAGCAGCAGCAGCGGCAGGAAACACCACCUCUACUGCAGCAGCAAACCCCAGCAGCAUCAGCUGGUGCAGCGCCGCCUGUAAAGUUAACGCAGACAAGGCCAGCAGCAGCAGCGGUGAUUCUGCUGCUGCUGCUUCAGCAGGUGUUCCUGGUGUUGCAGCAGGUGCUGUUGAUGUUGCUGCAGCAGGUGCUGUUGAUGCUGCGGCAGCAGAUCCCGUUGAUGCUACUGCAGCAGGUCUUGCUGAUGCUGCUGCAGCAGAUGGUGGUGCAGGUGCUGUUGAUGCUGCUGCAUCAGGUGCUGUUGAUGCUGCUGCAGCAGGUGCUGCCGGUGCAGGAGGUGCUGCUGCUGUUGCAGCAGCAGGUCCAGCAGCAGGAGCAGCCGCAGAGACAGCACAGCAGCAGGUGCAGCAGCAACUGCUUAUUACGUGA